AUGCCAUCUCGCUUUUGCACGUCUGCUUCGAACGGCCAACCAUAUUUCCUUGGCUCUUCUUCGAAUUGGUCAUUCUCUCGGCAAGUUCUGAGUGUGACACAUGAACAUGUUUGCCAAUCUCCACUUCCGACCAACAGUCUUCUGUUCGACGGCUGUGCAUAUGACCUCGGAUGGAAUGGCUCUCGAACCGCACAAACCUUGGACAGUCGUCCGAUACCGAGCUAUGACUACGCCAUUUUCCUCAUCAACGCGGUCAAAUUCCAUUGUGGCCAAAUGUUCCAUCUCUUCGAAGAGGAUGAGUUCAUGGACAACAUGCAAACCUUUUACUCGAAAUCGUCUACCGACAGAGCAGAAGAGGAUACUCUUUGGUUUAUACACUUCCUUGUAGUCUUGUCCUUCGGGAAGAGUCUCAUCCAACGAAAGAACCAAGGGAAAAGACCCUCAGGGGCCGAGUUCUUCGUCAGGGCGCUUCAACUCAUUCCCGAUGUGACUGCUCUUUGUAAACAGCCCAUUAUGUCGACAGAAAUUCUCUGCUGCAUCGCUUGGUACUAUCAAGCUUUGGAUUUCCGACACGCGGCUCACAAUUUUAUAGGACAGGCAAAAAGCAUAGCAAUGAACUAUGGCAUGCAUACGGAUAUGCCAAUAAUGGACUUGGGACCGGGCCUUGUCCAAAGAUGUCGUAAAAUCUGGUGGACCGUUUACGUCUUGGACCGGCAAAUGACUUCUCUGAUGGGUCUUCCCCAGUCCACACUAGAUGAAGGAGUAUACUGCCAACUGCCUUCGUACCCAGGCUCAGCUCACCGUACCGCUGCGUUGAGUAUGCAAAUCAAAUUCGCUCGAAUCAUUGCCGAGAUCAGCAGUACUGUCUACGGCGCAAAUGGUCGGCUGAACAAGAAAUUCGUUCUCAGUACAAAGACAGUCCUACAGAGCAUCGUUGCGGUGGCCGAUGAGUUGCGCAACUCAUUUCCACUGCAUGCCGACGAGCGUUUCGACGAAAGCCAGUCACCAUGGCUCGAAAAGUCAAACAACAUUCUUGAGGAAAUGAUUGCCAGCGGCAAUCUCAUUGCCGAGUUCCGGAAGAAUGAGAUGCAACAACUGGGGGAGAUGCUAGUCGAGUUCGAAGCCACUCGGCCUCGCGCAUUGAGCGGCUUCGUCACUGCGCCUGCGGGAUCAUCUUGGCAACACACAAACACAGGCCCCCCAAGAUCGGUGCAGGUGGAUAAAGAUUCUUUGCCGGGCUAUAGGGUACUCCCCAAAGACAACAGCGGCCAGGCGGAGGACCUGACUACGCAACAGAUUAUCGAUGUUGUCAAUUCGUUAGAGUGGGAAGACAAUGAGUGGAUGUCUCUCACCAUGAUUGAAGAGGAGACCUGA